AUGAGAACCAAAGAGGGCGCUCUAACGGUGCAUUUUCUCUUUUUCAUGCCCCCGGCUGAGCUCCGUAAUUUUAUAUAUGAAUCCGCCGUGUACGACGAACCGAGUAUCCGUCUGACGCAUAGCGAAAACACAAUCAAACGACCGCAGAGGGGUCAUGAACGAGCGUCCCAGCGAAUCCCCUCCAGCGGGCUCUUCUACGCCAACCGCCAGGUCCGUGCUGAAUUCCGAAGCAUCUGGAUGCGCAGUACUGAGCACUCAAUCGUGGUACAGGACCUCGCGGAAUACCUGACGACCUGGCUCGAGGUCCUCGAUCACGACCUCGACAAGAAGGUGCCCGGGAAGCUGAGGAUAGUGAUCCAGUACUGUUACAACUGCUACCGGGAUAAGAUGUGGUCCUCCGGAGAGUACAACAUCCUACCGCUUCUCAAGAUCAAGGCUUUCAUUCCGUCUUUUCAAAUCAAAUUCUCUCGGCACUGCUGUUCCAGUCUGGCGGACUACGGGCCGGCACCCUGCUUUUCUCUCGGCGGCUUUCAAACCCCCUAUUCCGAAAUGGUCGAAGUGGUCGACAGGGAGGUCCAGGCCUUGAAUACACUGCUUGACAACAAGAAUCCCAGAUGGAGAAAGCUCGUCAAGGAUGCUCAAAUGCUUUGCAUAUUCAAUCGUAGGAGCGAGCAUUGGUCUAAUCGAAUCUGCGCGCGAAUUUCGAGGAAACGGGCCGGAGCCGGGCUGGAAGUGAUGCAGACGUGCAUGUGA